AGCAAUUUUGUAUCCACUUCCAAUUUUGAGCAUUUAAAAGAAAAAAAGAAAAACAAAGCUAGGAAGCGAAAUAAGAAAACUGGAUCAUUCAAUGGACUUCUUAUCUAUUGCUGGAUGUGCUUUUUUAACUGUUGCUUUUGAGGAGCUGUUUAAGAAGUUGAAGUUCAGCAUAUCACUCAAUUUGCAGAAGCAGGUCCUUAAUAAGUUGCAAAACUGGGAGAGCUUAUUGCCGAAAAUCUUUGCCCUUCUUGAAGAUGCAGAAGAAAAGCAGAUGUCUAAUUCCAGCGAGUUGAUAAGGAUAUGGCUCGCUGAAAUUAGGGACUUGGCUUAUGAUAUAGAGGACAUCUUAGAUGAAUUUCAAGUUGAUUCUCAGAGAAGCAGUUUGAAUAUUUCAAAACCUCACCAAGCCAGCAGUAGCAAAUUCAUCCCCUCAUGCUUCAACUGUUUCAAACAGAGUGAUUUGUUGAUCUCUAAUCCCCAUACCAUUUCUAAGGUGGAUGGCAUCACCCUCAAGUUGCAAAGCUUGGUAGAUGAAUCGAAGUUACUUGGCUUGGUAAGGCAAGUUGGAGAUAAGCCUAGUGGAAUGG